AUGGCUUCUAACCUACACCCUGCAGUCACAGUCUUGAACUUCAAACAACUGUUUCCUGUCACCCUAGACAUCGAAACCGACCACUACACAACAUGGUCGGAGCUCUUCAAAAUACAGUGCAAGGCUUAUCAAGUUUUUGAUCACCUUCAGCCGAAACCCGCAACCUCUUCUUUCGACAAAGACAAAGGCAUGGCACAAACUGAGUCUUGGGAGUGGCUCGAUUCUAUAGUUCUACAGUGGAUCUAUGGUACCAUCUCUACUGAUUUGCUCCACGCUAUUCUCAAACCUAACACUACGGCUUGUGAUGCUUGGAUGGCACUUGCCAAUCUUUUUCAAGAUAAUAAAGCUACCCCUAUCAUUGAUCUAAACAACAAGUUUGCUCAUACCCGCCUUGACCAGUUUUCUUCAAUGUCAGCCUAUUGCCAAGCCAUGAAGGUCAUCUUCGACCAAUUAACGAACGUUGUGUGA